AGAAUAAACAAUUCAAAUAAAUUUUAACGGAAGAACGAAAGUGUAAAAAUACCAAAAGUUAAAACCACCAAGAUGUAAAGUACAUUCUGCACGAUCACUUGGGUCAUCAAACGCAUAUCUGUCAGAAUGACAGGAGAUGAAAGGACGCGGCGUGUCUGCGACGCAAGCGCACGACCUUGCGAUCGAUGUCCACGCAACCGCUUUGUGUAGUCUUAAACGAAACUUGUAAUUGUGAACAUCAUGCCGAGUGCAUAUCGCGAUAAAUCUGCAGUAUCGCACAACUUUAGCUUUCAGCAAGAUAUUCGAUACAUUUUCAAAAUAAAUAAAUGGAUUCUGGGCUCGCUGGGUCUCUGGCCAGUAACAAUCCGGGGAAUCGGGCAACAUACAUUUAAAAUUACGUUCGCGGUCUGUAAUUUCGUAAUAAUCUUCUCGAUAAUGCCCUGCGUUCUGCAUAUCCUUUAUGACGACGAAGAUACCAUUAUGAAACUUAAACUAUUCGGCGUACUGGCAUAUAGUUUUACUACCAUAACGAAGUACUACAUUCUCACGAUACGACGCCCUAGGAUACUGCGCUGCAUCGAAUAUAUCAAGAAUGAUUGGUGGCAGGUGACAUUUGUAAGUGAUCGUCAAAUAAUGCUGAAAUAUGCUGCCUCUGGUCGGAAUUUAACGACAAUCGGCAUAUCUUUCAUGUACAUUGCUGGCAUGACUUAUCACACGAUUCUCGUUCCAUUCUUUUCCGGCGAGCACAUAAUCAAUAAUAAAACCGCCAGACCGUUAGUGUAUCCGAUUUACAGUAAAUUUCGUCAGUCCCAAAUUAGCCCACUAUAUGAAAUUACAUAUGCAGUUCACUGCAUUUGCGGAUAUAUCAUAUAUUCGGUGACAGCUGGUACAUGCGCACUGGCCGCUCUAUUUACUGCUCAUGCAUGUGGACAAAUCCAAAUAGUUAUAUCAAGAUUAGAAAAUCUUAUAGACGGUGAAAAAUUCAAGAAAGGUCCAAAUGUUCAUCAACAAAUUGCUGCUAUCGUAAAAAAUCAUGUUCAAAUAAUAAGGUUUGCGGCCACUGUAGAGGAAAUUUUACAAGAAGUGUGUUUAGUGGAAUUCAGUAGUUCUGUAUGCACGAUAUGUCUACUCGAAUACUACUGUAUACUGGAUUGGCAAGCAGAUGAAAAAUUUGGUCUAAUGACUUAUAUUUUGCUCCUUGUUUCAUUUUGUUUUAAUGUAUAUAUAUUGUGCUACAUCGGUGAACUUCUCAUGGAGAAGAGUAGUGAAAUUGGAUCAAUAUGUUAUAUGAUAAAUUGGUAUGAAUUAACACCAAACUCAGCUCGUAGUCUUAUAUUAAUGAUAGCCAUAGCCAGUCAUCCCAUAAAAUUCAGUGCUGGUGGAAUGGUAGAUCUAUCAUUAGCAACUUUUGGAACUGUAUUAAAAACCAGUCUAGCAUAUCUGAGCUUUCUAAGGACAUUAGCAGUGUAAUAUGUGAUUAAAAUUAUGACACAAAGUAUUUUGAAUUGUGACUUACUUAUUCACGACA